GUUUAUUAGGAUGCCCGGAAAAUAAGUAAAGAAAAGAAAAAGAAAAGAAAAUACGUAUACACAUACCUGUAAAAGGUUCGGAACCGCCUUCUCCAGGAGCUGAUUACAGCGGUUGUCGGACUCGAUUCCGUUAGGGUUUUCCGGUGGUACUUCAAUGGAGUCGUUCGGUUUUCGCGACGGCAACAUCUCCGAAUUGCUUGAGACUCGUCGCUUUGAUGCUCGCCAAGUUGUUAAUCACAGUUUACAGAUGCACUCAUCAUUUAUACGGAGGCUCUCCCUUGAAAAAGUAAUGGAGGGGCAUCAAGGUUGUGUUAAUGCUGUGGCUUGGAAUGCCAAGGGUUCACUUUUGAUAUCAGGAUCAGAUGACACAAGGCUUAAUAUUUGGAGCUAUUCCAGUCGGAGUCUUUUGCAUUCUAUAGAGACUGGGCAUUCUGCAAACAUAUUCUGUACAAAGUUUGUUCCUGAAACCUCUGAUGAGCUUGUGGCCUCUGGAGCUGGUGAUGCAGAAGUGCGGUUAUUUAAUUUGUCUCGCUUAAGUGGGAGAGGACCUGAUGAUGUUUCUCCAACUGCAACAUAUCACUGUCACACAAAAAGAGUUAAAAAAUUAUCUGUUGAGGCUGGAAACCCCAACGUGGUAUGGAGUGCUAGUGAAGAUGGGACUUUGAGGCAGCAUGACUUUCGAGAGGGCACAUCUUGUCCUCCGGCCGGAUCUUCUCGUCAAGAAUGUCGCAAUAUUCUACUUGACUUGCGGUGUGGAGCAAAGAGGUCAUUGUCCGAUCCUCCUAAACAAGUCUUAGCUCUAAAAUCUUGUGAUAUCAGUUCCACUAGGCCUCAUUUGCUCCUUGUUGGUGGGAGUGAUGCAUUUGCACGUUUAUAUGAUAGAAGGAUGCUGCCUCCACUGACCUCCUGUCAGAAAAGGAUGUCACCUCCUCCUUGUGUUAACUACUUCUGCCCAAUGCAUCUCUCUGACUAUGGAUUUCCAAGCUUGCACCUCACUCAUGUUACGUUUAGUCCAAAUGGAGAAGAGGUUCUCCUUAGUUACAGUGGAGAGCAUGUGUACCUCAUGGAUGUAAAUAAUGCUGGCAGGAGUGCUAUGCAAUAUACUUCAGGAGAUGUUUCGAAGCUGAUGAGUUUCACUCCAAUCCUCAAUGGGGUAGAAUUGCGGCCAGCAGUAUCCAAUGUCUUCUCAAGCUGUCUUCACAGAAAAAGCAAUUUUGCUGCAUUGCUUGACAAGUGCAGGAAACUAAUUCAAAUUGCAGAAAAAACAUUAGAGGAGGCGACAAAUUAUUUCUAUGGAAUUGAGGCAUGCAAUGAGGUUUUGGAUGGAUAUGGUCAUGACAUUGGGCCCAAGCUAAAGCAUGAAUGUCUUUGUUUACGUGCUGCUCUAUUGCUCAAGCGGAAGUGGAAAAAUGAUGCUCAUAUGGCUAUAAGAGAUUGCUACAAUGCUCGGAGGAUCGAUAAUUCCUCUUUUCAAGCACUUUAUCAUAUGUCUGAAGCUUUAUCACAGUUAGGCAAACAUAAAGAUGCUCUUGACUUCGCAAAGGCAGCUCAAUUUUUGGCCCCAUUAGAUUCUGAAGUGGCAGAAAGAGUGGAGAAUGUCAAAAGGGAUCUUGUCUCAGUUGAAGCUGAAAAAAAUAAGGCAAAUGAGGGAAUGCCAAGGUCUGAAUCACGAGGUGGAAGAAUACUCUCGUUAAGUGAUAUACUCUACCGAUCAGAGGUUAAUAGUGAUGUUUCUCAAGAUGGUCCAGGAUCUGAAAGAGAAGAUUCUGAUUACGAUGAGGAAUUGGAGUUGGACUUUGAAACUUCAAUAUCAGGUGAUGAAGGACAUGAUGUUGAAUCAAACUUUCUUCAUGGGAGCGUAAAUGUGAGAUUUCAUCGAAGAGGUGAUUCAUCUAGAGAAAGUGCUGGUGCAAAUGGUAUAUGUGGAUCACCUUCAUCAUCACAAAAUGACAGGAUACCUUAUCAGCCUGAGGCAGCAAUUGAUAUGAAGCAGAGAUAUGUUGGCCACUGCAAUGUCGGAACUGACAUAAAACAGGCCAGUUUUCUUGGCCAGAAAGGUGAGUAUAUUGCUAGUGGAAGUGAUGAUGGUAGAUGGUUUAUCUGGGAAAAGGAAACCGGUAGACUGAUAAAAAUGCUUCUUGGAGAUGAUUCUGUUGUGAACUGUGUCCAGUGCCACCCAUUUGAUUCUUGUGUGGCAACUAGUGGGAUUGACAACACAAUAAAGAUAUGGACUCCAAGUGCUCCAGUCCCAUCUAUUGUAGCAGGUGGAGCAGAAACUGCUGAUGUGCUGGUUGCCAUGGAAAACAAUCAACGCAAAUUAUGCCGCAAUCGUGAAACUCUCCUGCCUUUUGAACUUCUUCAGCGGUUCCGGAGGCAUGAGUUUACUGAAGGAACAUUUCAUCCGUUUGAGUGUACUCAGAGCUAAUCAGGUUCCUAUUGAAGCAUGCUUAUGCUCUGUUUAAGUGUAUAUUAAGUGAUGGUGUUUCUGCAUUGUGUAUAAGGUUGUGAAGCGUCAGAUAUAAGCAAGCCAUUGUCGGUAAUAGGACAUCAUCCUGCAAAAAUAAAUUGAAAUUGACUGAGCCGCCUUGAUCCCUGGUUAGCUUCGAGCUUUUUUUGUCCUUUGUCAUAAAUUACUGCUGUUGUUUGCUCUCUCUCUCUCUCUCUCUCUCUCUCUCUCAAAUCUUUACCCUUCUAUUUGGUAACAUAUAUAUAUUUGAAAUUUUCUUGUAUAGUUGUAUUUUCUUUUUCUUUUUUGUUUGUACAGAAUAAGAGCACAAAAAUCGUCAUUUGUGUUUUAUUGUUAAUAUAUUCUCUAGAACAUGGUGCAGUUAUCAUUUAC